UCGGACCAAGCAAUCCCCAAAGCAGACGGAGUAUUUACCUCUACAGCAAUUUCCCUCGCCCUUCGAAAGACACUCCCAGUACGCCUCGCCAUUGUCAAAUUUCUCAAUGAUUGGUCUUCACCAGGCGAUUACCCAACCGCUUUGAAGCUUGAUUCUGAUUUCAGAGCAGCAUACACACUUCUGGCCAAGUUCCUAUCGCACGUUUCCCACUCCAGCAAUGCGCCACUCACAAACGUGAACCGCGAAGCUGUCGUGAACCACAUCAAUCUCCUGCUUAGACGCCACCUUCUCGCCCUCCAUCUACCUUUCUUUCUCCCCUCUCUAUCCAGACCAGAGUUUGCUUUUUCCCGGGUGGUUGUAGUAGAUACAGCACACCGUAUCUGGCGAGGUGUCUUUUCUACUUCAGAUAUUGGCGCAAGCAAUGUCGCCAAAUCAUCCGCUUGUUUUCGGACCGUUUCCAUGCAAGUUAUCAUCGUUCUGUCAACUCAUCUUCGAGCGCAAGCUGCCGACCCAAUUUCCGGGGGCAUGGUUAGAGAAGACUUGGUGGCGAUACUUGAGGAGGCAAAACAGUGGACGUGGAGGUGUAUUGAAGGAAGGGAGACGAAUGUUAAGGGGUAUCUGUUCGCUUGUUUAGUGAAGGCUAAUGUGGAUGCUAUGAGGGAAGGCUUGACCGAGCCUGAGGUGGUGAAAAGAAGUCUUGAGGCGGCAGAAGAGGCUAUUCGCAAGGCCCGAGAGGUAUUGAAAGAACGAUUGCGAGCCUUGACGAACAUGGAGCCAUCGUGCGGGGCCGCAACGGUGUUGGGGAAUCAAGGUGAGACUGUUGAUAUAUGUGACGGUAACAAUGAAUGGGAGCAGCUUCAAGAGACCUUUGACUUUUUCGGGGGCAGUGAUGAUUUACAAGGUGGAACGGGGAUGAUGUUGGCGGAUGGGGAUAAUUGGUUUCUAGAUUUUGGAAACGGGCUUCUUGUUUGA